GAAGGGCGCCUCCCCCUGAAGUGAAGGGAGGGAAAGGCACGGUAUAAAUACAAGCCGGACCGCUGCCGCCUCACUCAUUCCCUCUCACACUGCCAGACGAAACAACCACGAAGAUGUGGCCCAGCGGAAGUGUGGCGGCGGUGGUGGUGGUUGCCCUGCUGGUGGCGGCCGAAGCUAGCUAUCCUCAACCCUCUUACCAGGCACCGACCCCCUGCUACCCGGUGACCAAGUACGUCACCCAGUACCAGACGGAGUACCGGGAGGUGCCGGUGUACCAGACCGAGUACCGCAAGCAAAUCGUGCCCACCACUCUGUACCAGACCCAGUACCAAACCCGCUACCAAACCCAGUACACCACCCAGUACGUGCCCAGGUACGUCACCCAGACCCAGUACCAGACCCAGGUGCGCUACCAGACCCAGUACCAGACCAAGUACACCACCCAGUACGUGCCGCAGUACGUCACCAAGACCCAGUAUGUGGAGAAGUACGUCACGGAUACCAAAUACCAGACCCAGUACGUGACGCAGGUGCAGUACCAGACCCUGUACACCACCCAGUACCAGCCCCAGUACGUCACCAAAACGCAGGUUCACUACCAGACGGAGUUCGUCCCGGAGUACGUCCCACAGUACGUCACCGUCACAUACACCCAGGAGUCUUACGUGACCAAGUGUGGGUACGGCUACUGA